AUGAGCCGCACAAGAAAAGAUGUACAAGGUGUGAGGGAUCCCAAGGGUAAGAAAAGAAUCUCGUCACAUGAUUCCAUCAACUCCCUUGCACAAUCGAAGCUACGCAAACAUAAUAGUCCUCAUUAUAAUGAUGGAGAUUGUGUGCUUAUGAUGGCCCCUAAUCCGGAUGAUCCACCAUAUGUUGCUCAGAUUGUAGAAUCCAAGGCUAAAAAGGUGACAGUAAGAUGUCGGCGUUCUGAUUCCGAUUACUACAGUCGAUUUGAGUAUGAUAUUUAUAAGAAAAAAUUGAUUGAUGUCAAAGAUGCUGAUUGGUUGUGCAUUUGCAGGAAUCCUUACAAUCCGGAUCUGUAUGUCUAUUGUCAGAUAUGCAAAUCAAGGUUCCAUCCAUCUUGUACCAACACUGAUGCAAAGAGUUCAUGCAUUAUUUUUUGUGAUAACUGCAAGAACUCUCCUAGCCAGCCCCCACCCCCCCCCCCCCCCCCUCCCCCCCCCCCCACCCCCCCCCCCCCCCCCCCCCCACCCCCCCCCCCCCACCCCCCCCCCCCCUCCCCCCCCCCCCCCCCCCCCCCCCCCCCCCCCCCCCACCCCCCCCCCCCCCCCCCCCCCCCCCCCCCCCCCCACCCCCCCCCCCCCCCCCCCCCCCCCCCCCCCCCCCCCCCCCCCCCCCCCCCCCCCCCCCCCCCCCCCCCCCCCUCCCCCCCCCCCCCCCUACCCCCCCCCCCCCCCCCCCCCCCCCCCCCCCCCCCCCCCCCCCACCCCCCCCCCCCCCCCCCCCCCCCCUCCCCCCCCCCCCCCCCCCCACCCCCCCCCCCCCCCCCCCCCCCCCCCCCCCCCCCCCCCCCACCCCCCCCCCCCCCCCCCCCCCCCCCUCCCCCCUCCACCCCCCUUCCCCCACCACCCCCCCACCCAACCACCCAACCCCCCCCCCCCCCCCCCCCCCUCCCCCUCCCCUCACUCCCCCCCCCCCUCCUCCUUAUCCCCCCCCCCCCCCCCCAACCCCCC